CUGCCGGGCGCCGGGGAGAGCGUCCUCCGCCUCUGGACCGGCGUGCUGACCUCUGACCCUGGAGUCUCUCGGCCGCCGGGAACAGUCCCCUUGGGUCGUCGCCCCGGCCGCCCGCCGUUUCCCGGCCCCGAGGGGCCCGGCCGGCCGCGGCGGGGGGAGAGGUCAGCAUGAGCCCGGGGGUCCCUCGGGCCGGCGCAGGGCAGGGGGCGGCGGCCGCGGUGCAGCUUCUCGUCACCCUGAGCUUCCUCCCGAGCGUCGUCGAGGCCCAGGUCACCGGAGUCUUGGAUGACUGCUUGUGUGACAUUGAUAGCAUUGAUAACUUCAACACCUUCAAAAUCUUCCCCAAAAUAAAAAAGCUGCAAGAACGAGACUAUUUUCGUUAUUACAAGGUUAACCUGAAGCGACCGUGUCCUUUCUGGGCAGAAGAUGGCCAUUGUUCAAUAAAAGACUGUCAUGUGGAGCCUUGCCCUGAGAGUAAAAUUCCAGUUGGAAUUAAAGCUGGGAAUUCUAAUAAGGUUUUUGCUAUUACAAACAAUGACGCACUGGCAUCUUUGUCUUUCGUCGAAUUGUGCACAUAUUACUCAAAAGUGGCAAAUAAUACCAAAGAAUUAGAAGACUGUGAGCAAGCUAGUAAACUGGGAGCAAUUAACAGCACAUUAAGUAAUCAAAGCAAAGAAGCUUUCAUUGACUGGGCAAGAUACGAUGAUUCACAGGAUCACUUUUGUGAACUUGAUGAUGAGCGGUCUCCAGCUGCCCAGUAUGUAGACCUGCUGCUGAAUCCCGAGCGUUACACCGGCUAUAAAGGGUCUUCUGCGUGGAGAGUGUGGAACAGCAUCUAUGAAGAGAACUGUUUCAAGCCUCGAUCUGUUUAUCGUCCUUUAAAUCCUCUGGCACCCAGCCGAGGAGAAGAUGAUGGAGAAUCAUUCUACACAUGGCUAGAAGGUUUGUGUCUGGAGAAAAGAGUCUUCUAUAAGCUUAUAUCGGGACUUCAUGCUAGUAUUAAUUUACAUCUGUGUGCAAAUUAUCUUUUGGAAGAAACCUGGGGUAAACCUAGCUGGGGACCUAACAUGAAAGAAUUUAAACGCCGAUUCGACCCUGUGGAGACCAAGGGAGAAGGCCCAAGAAGGCUAAAGAAUCUGUACUUCCUAUAUUUAAUUGAGCUUCGAGCUUUAUCAAAAGUGGCCCCAUACUUUGAGCGCUCAAUUGUCGACCUUUACACUGGAAAUGUGCAAGAAGAUGCUGACACAAAAACCCUUCUACUGAAUAUCUUUCAAGAUACAAAGUCCUUUCCCAUGCACUUUGAUGAGAAAUCCAUGUUUGCAGGUGACAAAAAGGGGGCCAAGUCGUUAAAGGAGGAAUUCCGGUUACAUUUCAAGAAUAUCUCCCGUAUAAUGGACUGCGUGGGAUGUGACAAAUGCAGAUUAUGGGGGAAGUUACAGACUCAGGGUUUAGGAACUGCCCUGAAGAUAUUAUUCUCUGAAAAGGAAAUCCAAAAGCUUCCAGAGAACAGCCCAUCUAAAGGCUUCCAACUCACUCGACAGGAAAUAGUUGCUCUUUUAAAUGCUUUUGGAAGGCUUUCUACAAGUAUAAGAGAGUUACAGAAUUUCAAAGUUUUAUUACAACACAGUAGGUGCCACUGUAUAUAAGCAAGGACAGCUAUUUUGAUCUCCAUCAGCAUUGCCUUCAUCUGGAAAUUUGGGAACAGUUCACAGUAAACCUCCUAGCAGUUUUGCAAACUGAAGCACCUGCAGAAACCAUAGCUAUUCACCAAAAUACACAGACUGGGUGCAUGGUAUCAUGGAAAUUAUUUGGUAAAACAAAAACAACACAGACACAUACCAGGUUUAUGUGUAUUAUAUUUGAAGUAACAUCUACAGGUGCAGCUUUGAUUUUGAACAGAAUUCCAAAUGAUUUGCUGUUGUACCCACAAGAUUAUAGAAAAUGUGAAUUAAAGUAAAUGUUUCUGCAA